AAAAUUUACAAAUCUGUCAUUUUAAGUCGAAAUUUUCCUCCCUCUUUCUCUCUAACAUCUUUUUGAUUCCUGAAUCAUUCUGUAUUCCAUCAAACGCGAAAGAAAAAUCGAUCCAUUUCAAAAGCUUGUAAACCCAAGAGCGUCUUCGAAUCACCACCAAAACCCACACAAUACUAUAUGGAGAACAAUGUCAAAUUGGGUUCAGGAGAAGCAAAGAGUAUCGCUAACAACAAUGGCAGCAGCAGGGAACAAGAACAAGAGCGGGAACACAACCUUAAUUUAGGUUUUGCAAAUGAUAAUGGAGACCAAGAGGAACCCCAGCCUCCUCGUCACUCUUCCAGAAGAACUCCCUUCACUAAUCUCAGUCAGGUCGAUGCUGACCUUGCUCUUGCCCGAACCCUUCAAGAACAGGAAAGAGCAUACAUGAUGUUGAGACUGAACAAUGACGGAAGUGAUUAUGGAAGUUGGGAAGCUGGAAGCUACUUGCAUGAUGAUGAGGAUGAUUUUGGUGAUCCUACUGAUGACAAUGAAGGAGUGGAGGAAGAUGAGGAUGAGGAUGAUGAUGGCACGGAUGCAGAUGAUGGCAUGGAUGCAUUUGAUGUACAUGCUCAUGCUGAUGCUGGAGCUGAUAAUGUUCCUGGCGUUGAUCUUGACCCUUCUAUGUUUUCUAGUGAUGAGGCCUAUGCUAGAGCAUUACAGGAUGCUGAAGAAAGAGAAAUGGCGGCUAGACUGUUAGCUCUUGCUGGAAUAGAUGACCGAGAAGUUGAGGACACUGAGGAUCAUGGUGGUAACUCUCAGGAUGCAUGGGAGGAGGUUGAUCCAGAUGAACUUUCAUAUGAGGAGUUGCUUGCAUUGGGUGAAGUUGUUGGAACUGAGAGUAGAGGGCUUUCAGCUGAUACAAUUGCCUCUUUGCCUUCAGUAAACUAUGAGGCUGGAAGCAUUCAGAAUGGAAGCAAUGAUUCCUGUGUCAUAUGUCGUUUAGAUUACGAUGAUGGUGACACCCUGACUGUGCUUUCUUGCAAACAUUCCUACCAUUCAGAGUGCCUAAAUGAUUGGUUGAAAAUAAACAAGGUUUGCCCCGUCUGCAGCACAGAGGUCUCCACUUCUGGACACAGCUAGUGUUUGUUGGACCAUCUUCUUGCUUUGCAGAUCACAAGUUUCAUGAUGCACAUGGAAAAAUCAAUGUGCGCAUGCUGUAAUCUUCUAUCCCCGCCCUUAUAAUUGGUAUAUUGACAUUUUAUGUAGUGCAAAAGCAGGAACCGAGUGCAUUUUCCGUUUAUUUCACUCAACCUACCGAUUUAGCUUUGCAAAUGAAGAUGUUAUAUUUUUUACAAUUGAAGAUCCUUUCAUGCUCUUCCUUGAAUUGACUGUAACCCCUUCCCUUUGUUUGGAUUAUUUGGAUUGAAUGCAGCUUGGUUUAUCAAUGUAUUAUACAUAUCGCAUUGUAUGGUAUGAUUUUUAUUGUUAACUUGUUUGAAAAGAUAUUAUAAUACCUGAUAGUUUAAUAA